AUGGCCACGGAAUGGGACAAGGUGGUCAACAUGCAUGGGUUGUUCCACCCAAACUGGUCUUUGACUGAAAAGGGGGCUUCAGUAUCACUGGUAGUUGACUGUAUGGUGCAUACCCACGAGAUGGUUUUGGGCCUUACUGUACCUGAUGGUCGAAAAAUGAGACUGUUUGGGGAUAUCAGUAGCCAAAUCAGAGGGUGCCGACGUCUUACGUUGUUUGAUGUCACUGUGGACUUUGCCCCGGACACCGUUGACCUGUUGAUCACUGAUGUCAGUAAUGUUGUGGCGCAUGGCCUCCGUCCUGCUGCUGAUGCCUUCCGGGUCAUUGAGUUGUGUGCUGGGGUUGCUUGUUCUGGUGCUGGUUUGUCUGAGGUUGGAUUUUCUCACCUGGCCAGUGUUGAGUGGAAACCUCCUCUUGCGUCGCUCCAUCAAACCUGUCACCCUGGAGUCCAAGUCCAUGUAUGUGACAUCACCAGUCCGGACUGUGUCAAGCAGUGGCUUCAGCAGCAUGAGCCGCCCUUCUCCUUGAUGUCGGGGUUUAGCUGUCAGCCAUACAGCACGGGUGGUGCCCAAGCAGGCUCCUCAGAUGAGCGUUCUAGCACUCUUCCUGCCAGCUUAAGAGCAUGCUAUCUUUGUCAGAGCCCACUGUUGAUCCUUGAGUGCGUUGCCCCAGCCAGAUGCAACAAAUUCGUUCAGGCACACCUUGGGUAUCUGGAGUCUCAGCUUGGCUAUCAUGUGUCACAGACAUGCCUCAAGUUGGAAGACAUUCGGGUUGCUCGCAGGUAUCGGUGGUGGGUCGUAGCCACUCAUCCUAGCCUGGGAAAGGUGGAGUUACCAGACUGGCCCCGAAGCCCGAACCUUGUUGUCAGGGAUUUGUUGCCUGUCAUGAAACAGUGGGAGCCUGAUGUUGCUAAGGCACUUGAACUCCAGCCUCAUGAAAUCACCCGCUUCACCAUGGAUGGAUCACAUUUACGGAAAUACCUCAUGCAAAAAGACGGUAAGCUUCCAACUUGCCUUCACAGCUGGGGCUCCCAAGCAGAUCCGUGCCCUUGUGGUUGCCGCCUUGCAGGGUUCUCAGAAACACUCAUCCAACAGAGGGGAAUCUAUGCCCAGUUGGUUCAGUUUCAUACGGAGGAUGGACUUGUUGCUUUUCGUCACCUUCAUCCCACUGAGCUUUCGCUGAUGAAUGGAUUUCUGCCCCCAGCCAUGUGGAAUUCCCCUGAUCACCCUGACCUGCGUUUGUGCCUGUGCGCUGUAGGACAAUUGGCUUCACCACUUCAGGCCAUUUGGGUUGGAGGCUGUGCACUCAGACACAUGCAGCAGGUGCUUGGAUUGCCACAGGUUCAGCCAGCCGAAGUCCUUGCUGAAUAUCGCAAGAAGUUGUUUCAUGCUGCCCAUGAGCUGCUCCAUGAUACCCCUCCACCGACCAUUGCCCUCAACAUGGUAGAGAUUCGACACCCAGAUGGUACGGUAGUUCAUGUCCAGGUCACUGACACUACCACCCUUGCCCAGUUGUGCCAGGCAGAGAUCGACUUGACUCAACAUGCCUUAGAAGGUCAAUGGUGUGAUGCCAACACAGGUGGGGUUUUGGCAGCCGAUGCUUUAGUCACUGGAUUAUGCAUCCGUGUACAGCCUUUUGUGCAGCCGACAGCUGCACAUCCGUCCGUUGACUUGGAAAGCCUUGAUCCUGCCAUUCUUUCCGAAAUACCUUUGGAUUUUGGUUCCGUGGAAUUUCCCAGGGUUGCAUCCGAUGCAUCCGAGGCGGGGGUGUCUGGUGUUCCGUCCAUUGGUGUCACUGAUUGCCCAAGUCGUUGUCCUGAUGGAGCAUGUGACUCGUCUGCCCCCGCUUUUGUCAUGCCUGCUGAUGGACUUUCUCCUGAUGCGUUGUCCGGUCUCAAGCACUUGUCAAGCUCCCAACUUGUUGCCCUGGUCCCACCGUUGGUCUCAGAUGUCCAGGUUUGCAUGCAUAUGAGACAAGCCGCAGUUCCUAGUUCCUCUAGGCUUGCUGUGUUGCAGAAUCAGGGUGGUGCCAUGGGAGAUGAUGAAAUCAACCUGCAUGUCCAUGCGUGCCUUGCCAUUGCCAAAGAUCCGCAUACCCAAUAUCUGGACCCGCUUCUUGCCACCACAUGGUUGCAACAUGGUACUGCCACCUUGGUCCGUGAUUGGCUUGCCUGCCUCCCCUCUGUCCGUCGUAUUGUGACCGUUGUCUUGGUGCAUGAGCAUUGGAUUCCCAUCGUCUGGACUCGGGGGUUGACUGAGGUGCAUGUUUCCAUUUGGGAGUGUGGAGGGUCUGAUGAUGUGGACUGCUUGUGCCCGCUCCAUGGACUUGUGAGCCAAGCUUGGGGGCUUCCCAGAUUUGCUGUUGCCUGCACACGUCGGUCCUUCUCUGGCUCUUACUGCGGAGCUGCAGCUGUGGCUUACAUUGCUCAUGUCCUGAUUGACUCAUGCUUGCCUCACACUGAGUCCUUGCUUUUGGAUUUGCAUGAAGCCUUUCGAGUCAGCUUCCGAGAAGCCGUUGGCAACUUGAAUGAAGUGCCCAAGCCGUGGUGUUGGGGUCUUGGCCAAGUUGAUGUAGUCGGUCUCACUGCCAGUUUGUUGCAACUGCAUGGAGUGCCCAUGUCACAGGCCACCACCAGAGCCAAGCUUGUUAUCCAAAGCUUGGGACGCAAUGAAGUGCAGAAUGCUGUCACUGGAGUUUCACCCUGGAAGUCACUCAAAGCCCUUGCAAACCUGCAGACGCCAGUGUUGCAGUUGGUCUUGCCGGACGAGGCUGCACAGAAGGUGAUUGCUAAGCAAUCCACCACCAAUGCCAAGUCCAAUGCCACCAAGAAAAUGCUUCCGUCCAAGCCAGUUGACAUCGCGGGGAAGCUUUUGACGCAUCAGAGCCUUGCCAUGCUAGUGCUGAACCCACCAAAUGAGCUGCCCACGUGCCUCCAGUGGUCCACCUUGCGGUUUGCAGUGCGAUGCUCAGUUAACCAGGAGCCUAUGCUACUUGCUGGUGUGCUUGUUCAGUUAGGUCAACAGGUGGUGUACCAGUUCCGGUCAAAAGACCUUUUGACGGUUCCGACGGUUGAUGUCGCUUGUGCCCGUGUGACAGUCUACUAUGACCAACUGGACAUGUGCUGGGAGGACUUUGCCACCAGGCCAGUGAAGCACAUUCUUGCCUUGUUGCCCUGCCUACAGACCUGCAGAACGGACAAUUGCAGCUGCCCAUCUUGGCACCCAAAGCCUGAUCAGCCCAAUGAUGCCUUGUUGGAUGUGUUUCGCAGGCAAUUUUUCAAUGAUGCUGGCAGACCGGUGAAGUGGGAUCGUGCCUCUCAUUUUGCAGUCAUGAUCAGGUACGUCAAGUCCAUGGAGCAGACUGUCCUUGCCAUGAGCGGCACGAAGGGGGUCUUCAUUGAGCCCAAGACCGAAGAUGCCCUCAAGGCCAGCCCAGAGUUUCAGGUGAUCUGGUUGCCUCAGUUGGACUUUGCAUCUGUGACACACAAGGCCCGUUGUGAGGUUCAUUGCAUAGGCAUUGCCCGCUCCGGCCAGCGGUUUGGUCUCAGGGUGCCGCUUGCCCAUUUCCCUGAGGUGUUUGCCAGUGUCAAACCGGAUGCAGUGUACUUGGCACCAGGCAGUCGGUCCACUUAUCACUGUGGUCCAUGGCCGUACGGCAGUGACAGGAAGAUGCUGGCACGUGUGUUGAAAGCCAGUGGUUGGGAUUGCCGUCCAUUGCAGCCGCUACAUGGAGUUCCCGGAGGUUUGAUGUGGGCUGUUCAGGCUGUUGUUGCUCCUGCCACCAAUGUCUUGUCCUUGUCCCACGGUCAGGUGGUCAUCACUGCACAGGACACCAAGCCGACGGCUGCUGAUCACGAUGCCACGGUGGUUGGCCCAGCUCAGACUGUGAAGAUACAGCUCCGGGCGUUUUUCUCAGUUUUUUUGUGGUUGAUGAUGCUGCGGGUUGGAGAAGCACGAGUUCCAGGUCCCGAUGGGCAAUGGUCGUUGGGAGUUGCCAAUCCCUCUGGAUUGCAAGGCAAGUACCAUGUCCUCGGCAACACCAGCUGUGAUGUGAUGGCGGUCAGCGAAACGCAUCUGACGUCAGCCGAUCGCAAGCACUUGCAACAUAGCCUGCGUGCAAUGAAGUCGAAGUAUCGCACUGUUCUGACAGGAGCACCCAUGGCUCCGCGAUCUGCUGCAAGUGAAGCAGGCCAAUGGGCCGGAGUUGGAUUUGUCUCCGCUGUCCCGUGUCGCACAGUCGCUACUGCCUGGCCCUUAGACCUCUACGAGACAGGCCGUCUUCAGUUUGCUGCGUUCCACACCCAGUCGUCUUGGACUUUUGGCGCAGUGGUGUAUGGGUACCCUGAAGGUAAGACUCACCCCAUGGCCCAUCAAAGAACUGAAGCAAUUUUGGAUUUUGCCAUCACCAGACUUGCUAUGAGCCCUGGGCCACGGUUUUUGGCAGGGGACUUCAAUUUUGAGCCUGAUGUUUUGGAAGCUGUCCAGACUCUGCGUGCACAGGGUUGGCAGGAAGUUCAGGAUUUGCACCUUGCCCAGACAGGUGCGGCUGUUCAAAUGACCUGCAAGGGAGUGACCAGGAAGGAUCAUCUGUGGCUGUCUCCUGAGUUGGUCUUAGCGUUCCGUGGCCUUACGGUGUGUCAUGAAACCUUUGCUGACCAUGCAGUGUUGCGAGCGGAAUUUCAAGGCGGGACUGCUCAUCUUGAGCGUUUUGUGUGGCCGUGUCCGAAGGAAGUCCCAUGGCAGAAAGUCCAGCCGCUCAGUGCCCCCAUGUCGUUUGCAAGCCCUGUUGACCCCACUACUCAGUAUCAACAGCUUUGGCAUGCGAGGGAGUCCCAAGCCCAACUUGACCUUAAGCAUGAUUGGCUGCCCUCUAUGAAAGGCCGCGGCCACCAAACUGUGCCACACAAACGUUGCAAUCGUCAAGCACCCAUGCGACAGGGUAGGUCUCAUGAUGUUCAACCAGCCUUCUUUGGCUACUCAGCCAUGCAUGCGAAGCAGUUCAAGCAGGUGAGACGCCUACAAAAUUACUGCCGCUGGGCUCAGGGUAGACCAACCCAUGGAAGCACAGAUAACUUGCAUGGCAUCGGUUUGUGGAAUUCCAUUUUGCGUGCCCCUGGAUUUUCUGGGUCGUUUGCCGAGUGGUGGCCUUCCAGACAAUAUGUUAGCCCCUUGGACCCAGUUGUCAUGCCACAGUUCUGCCCUGGGUUUGAUGUUGCCUGUCAGGUCUAUGAUGCUGUCCUUGCGGAAGUCAGGUUGUUGGAGCAGAGGCUCACUCAAGCCAAAACGUCACAUCGACGUCAGCAGCACGAGGCUGACAGGCAUCUCAUUUUCCGAGAGGUUGCCCGCACACCAGCUGAGCCUGUUGAAACUCUGGUGCACACGGUCCAGACUUCUGUCACCGAAGUGGAUGUUGCUGAAUGUGCCUUGGUGUUGAGCUCCCCGGUUGCCUUGCGAGCUGACCUGCCUCUUUGGAUCAAUGGAGAGGUGGUUGAGGUUAUCCAUGCUGACACUGACAAGGUGUGGGUUUCUGAUGUUGACGCUGUUCAGGUUGGCCAUGUCGUUGCCCAAAAUGACUUGAUUGGAGACUUGCCAGCCCUCUUUGAAGCCUUUCAUGACCAAUGGCGUUUGCGCUGGUGUCGUCAUGAUAACACACCGUUCACGCACUGGUCUGAGCUUUUGGACUUUGCCCGACAAGUUGUCCGACCUGUUCCUAUCCCGCACUUGGCUGUUGAUGGCCCUGCCUUGCAGGGUGAGUUCCAUCGGAAAAAGAAGCGUGCUGCCACUGGACUUGAUGGUGUCAGCCGCCAUGACUGUUUGCUUGCGGAUGACUCGACCAUGCAGAGUGUCAUCUCGCUCUACAGUAGGGCAGAAUUUGAUGGAGCUUGGCCUCAGCAACUGCUGGCCGGAAAGGUGCAUUCCCUUGCCAAAACUGAGUCAGCAUCGUCGGUUGGAGACUAUAGACCGAUAACGGUCUUCAGUUUGCUGUACAGGGCGUGGUCCAGCCUGCAGUCCGGACAUCUCCUUCAAUGGGCUGAACAGUGGGUAGAUGAUGGGGUUUUUGGCAAUCGGUCUGGCCGCCAGGCCUCAGACCUGUGGCACCAUGUCAUGCAGCAAAUUGAGCAAGCCUAUUGCUCCGGCAACUGCCUGACUGGACUCUCAGCUGACAUUGAGAAAUGCUUCAACUGCAUCCCUCGCUUUCCGGCUUUAUGCCUUGCUGUCUUGGUUGGCACACCUCACCAGGUGACCACUGCUUGGGCUGGGGCCCUUAGUUCCAUGUGUCGUCAUUUCAAGGUGAGGGAUUCCUACUCAGAUGGCUUUCAGACCUCCACUGGCUUGGCGGAAGGGUGUGGGCUUAGCGUUUACGGUAUGCUUUUGGUUGACCACCUGUUUUCACUUUGGAUGCGGUUCCAGGCACCAUCCGUCCAAACCCUGUCGUAUGUUGAUGACUGGCAGACCUAUUCCUGGGAUCCUGCUCGCACUGUCCAGCAGCUUGACCUUGUUGAAAGGUAUGCAAGACUUUUGGAUUUGUCCAUCGACAGGAAAAAGACUUUUGGGUGGUCAACCGACCCACGUGCCCGCCGGGAGCUGCGUGCACAUGGCAUUACUGUUUUGCACCAAGCCCGUGAGCUGGGUUGUCACCUUGGCGUAUCCAGACAGCACACAAACCACACUGUCACACAGAGAAUCCAAGCGUUGGAUGAUUUUUGGGGCAAGCUCGAAGCCAGCAAAGCCAAACACCGAAGCAAGGUUCACAUGUUGCGUGCUGUUGCUUGGUCCCGUGGGCUCCAUGCUGUUGCCAGUGCCCCUUUGGGUGAAAGUGUUUGGACUGAGUUGCGUAGGCGGGCUACUGGAGCUCUUGGGUGUCAUCGGCCUGGCCUCAAUGGCCACAUCCUGCUGGGCCUUGUGGAAGAGCUUGUUGAUCCACAACUGAUUGGACUUUUGUGGACUUGCCGGUGUGUGCGUCGUCAGUGCACUGUGGAUUUUUGGACUUCUUCCGUUGCCUUGGUUGCCCUCGGGGAAUUGGACUUGCCCCCCACUUCUCUUGCUGCCAUUUUGGCACACCGGCUGAGCCAGGUUGGACUUAGUGUGCAGCGUGAUGGUACGGUUGUGGAUGAAUAUGGCCAGUUUCAUCUCCAUACCCACAACUAUGCUGAGGUCGAACUGCGGUUGCUGUGGGCUUGGCAGAGGCUUGUUUCUCACAAGGUUUCUCAUCGUGUUGAGUUUGCUGGGCUUUGGCAGGUGGAUGUUCCCGCUACUCGUCGGGCCCUUGCCCGCCUGCCUAUCGAUGAUCAGGCAAUGUACCGACAUAGUCUGGCAGGUGGUCUCUACACCGAGUCCUACAAAGCCAAAUGGAAUGAACAGUCUGAAGCAUGUCGAUGGUGUGGUUUGCCUGACACCAUGCAACACCGGUACUGGGAAUGCCCUCAACACCAUGAUUUGCGGCAAACCUUGGCACCAGAUGCGGUGCGCACCCUGUCGUUGUUGCCUCCGGCGCUCUCCCUUCGAGGCUGGGCUUUGCAGGCGCCUACUUGGCCAUCUUGGAUUCGACUGCUUGCGGCUUUGCCUACGGACCUGCCGGAACCUGCCACUGGUCUUAAACCCGAUCAAUGGAAUGAUGUGUUUACUGAUGGAUCUUGUCUGUGCCAAGACUCUCCGAGUUACCGUGUUGCUGCGUGGUCAGCGGUUUGUGUGCCGACUUUCUCUGCCCAUUGGAAUUCCCAGGGCACGUCUGUUCUUGGUGCGGCUGUCCUUCCGGGUGUUUGUCAAACCGCGUUCCGUGCUGAGUUGUUUGCGGUUGCCUAUGUUUUGCAUUGUGCUGCUUGUGUGCGUGCCCCCGUCAGGUUGUGGACUGAUUGCCUUGGUGUGGUGAAUCGGUUUAAUCAACUGUUUUGGGGUAAGUUUAAGCUGCCUGUGAACAAGGCCAACUCAGAUUUGUGGGCGUGGAUUUCGACAUCGUUGGAUAAGCUGGGACGAGACAAAGUGCAGCUUCACAAAGUUCCCGCACACAGGUCAGUUCGAUCAGCUACGAGUCAGCUGGAAGCGUGGAAUUUUUUUCACAAUGCUUUGGCAGAUCGGGCGGCGAGAUUUGCUAAUCAAGCCCGUCCGGCUUGGUUUUGGGAUCACUGGUGUCAACAUGUUCAGGCUACACAUGCAGCUGCGGUUUUGAGUGACCAAGUUCGGGCCUUACACUUGGCAGUUGGACGGCGCAAUGUACGCGGCGGCCUUGAGUCUGAGAUUCCUGCUGCCGUACCGCGUGCAACUCGUGAGUUUGAGGCUACGUUUUGUCUUGGUAACUGGACAGGUGCCAUCAUGCCUGCGACUGCGCAGCUCUAUGGGCUCAGCCAUGUCAGGCGAGCGACUCAAUGGUUUGGUGAGAGGCUGGACCGAUCUCCAGCGGCAGCAGUUGUUUGGGUAUCCUUCGCUCAGCUCUACGUCGACUUCCAACUCACAUGGGGGGUGUCAGGGCCAUUGAAGGUCCAUGGCCAAUGGGUUGACAUGGCCACAAGGCCUUAUUUGGACGUGGAGCGCUUCGACUUCAAAAAGCGCUUGAAGUGGUUCCGCCAAUUCUUGAAAGCGCUUUGGGGAGAAGCCGCCGUUGGGGUGUCCCUACAGCAGUGUCGGCCAAAGUCGGAAAGCAUCCAAGCUUUCGUUCAGUCUGUUGCACUGCCAUGGAACCCAAGGGCCUUGCACGAGGUCGAGGUUUGGUUUGGGCAGCACUUGAAAGAGCCCUGUGUUCGCAGUGCAGGUGCCUUGAAAUGUUUGCCACUUGCCAGCCAAAGUGGUUCCAUGAAGCUCGAGACCGGAUGA